AUGUUUGGGGGCAAAGAGGAGUCGGUCUUUGAGAUUGGCGUGGUGUGGGCAGAGCAGCGCGGAAGUCAUUUCGACGGGACCGGCUUCAGCGAGGGACAGCAUCUCUCCGCGGAACGAUGCUGUGGUGACCAACUGAGUCGAUGGGCUUCCUCGAGCCUGUCGUCGGUAGAACCAAUUGUAAGCGUCACGGCGAGCUCGACCCUCGUUACCGUGCCUCUCUUCGUCGAAAGCUAA